UAAUCAGCAGCCAGUGAUCAUAAAUAGGCGACGAACAUGACUGCGUGUGUGAUGCUACGGUGUCUGACUUCCAACUUCAACUCUGCCCUUCCCUUACUUACCCGGUCGGCACCGUUUCUGCUCUAUCGAUUGGCACCACGAGCAUACAUACAACGAUCUGUUGCGACGGCCAGCCGACUAUCGACAGCACUUAAAUUCACAGACAAGCACGAAUGGAUUAAAGUGGAGGACGAAGGAGUGGGUACAGUCGGGAUUAGCAAUUUCGCACAGGAGGCUCUGGGAGAUGUGGUCUACUGUGGACUGCCUGAGGUGGGCACAAAGCUCAACCAGCAAGAUGAGUUUGGUGCGCUGGAGAGUGUGAAAGCUGCCAGUGAGCUCUACUCCCCAUUGACUGGAGAGGUGACUGAGGUCAACACACUGCUGGCAGACAGUCCUGGCCUCGUGAAUAAGUCCUGUUACAAAGACGGCUGGUUGAUGAAGAUGACCAUUGACAACCCGGCCGAGCUGGACGCUCUGAUGGAUGAGAAAGCGUACGAGAGAUACAUCCGCUCCAUCGAGGACUAGCCUGUCCCCUCCCCUGUCGUUCCUCCCCCCCACCUUCUGUCACAUCUGGACAAGAAAGAGAAGCUGGGUCUCACACAGUAACUACAGCAGAGCUCAUAAUCAUGGACUUGAUCAGUAUGAUAGUUUUAUGAAUGUUAGCGAUCCUCAACCUACAGUUAAUACAGUAAAGGGAUGCCAGUGACUACAUGAAUGGGUCCAGAUGUUGCCCUAGGAGAGGAGUGAUGCCGUGUCCGUAUCACUGAUGUAUGAUUUAAGACUCAAGAGUUCUUAGUAUUACCUAUCUGGGCCGUCUGGGGGUUUGAGUGGGGUAAACACUGUGAAAGCACUUUGGUUCUUGUUGCUAACUGGGCUGGUACUGCAUGUACUGUCACAACAGUAGGGACAUGAGACCAGUACAAUGAAAAUAAACUUCCAUUAAACACUUAA